AUGUACGGGACUGUAGCGGAUACCCUGACGCCCGGCUUCCGGCUGGUGUACGUCCACUGCCGGAUGAUCGUGUGUAUCGAGGACGACUCCCAGUCCCGAUGUGCGCAGGGCUGCGUCAUCCAGAACUCUCCAAUCAGGAACAGGAGAAGGCGGUCACGUGACGACAAAAGACAGGCUCUGAUGAAACAAGGACCGAUUCUGAUCGUCCAUGAGAAAGCUGAAGACUCCAUCCUGCUGUGGUCGGUGAUUGCCUGCGUGCUCGGUCUGGCAUACCCCGCCCUGUGUGCCGCGGCCGUCUGCCUGUGGUGCGCGCGGCGCCGCAGGGCCAAGAUGGCCGCCAGCAAACACGGAGACCCCGCCGGUAACAUCAACUUGGGCUUUGUGCGGAACUAG